UGUGUCCUUACUGAGUUGAUCUAGAGGAAGGCAAAAAAAACAAAAAACCUUAUGAGGCUGAUACCAAUUGCCCCAUAUGACAUAUCUAAAGAAAUGUCGAUGAUCAGUGACCAGGAAGGAAAACAUCUCUAUCAGUUCACAGGCUGCAUACCCACAGCAGAACUACGACAAAAGCAAGAGAUUAUGAUGAGAAAUCAGAUGAUGUCUGUCAACCCUCAAGUUGUUGUGCCAGUCCAGCAAAGGAUGCCAGUUAUACCAACACAAUUUGACUCCCGACUCUUAGACAGAGGAGAAAUAUUACCCUCAAAUGAUCUGAUCAUUCCCAAUGACACAAGACAAAUGCAUUUGGCCUCCCACUUUGGAUCAUCGGUUCCUAGUCAUUCAAGUGUCAUGUCCAACAGACCUUUCUCUACCCCAGGAUACAGUAACUUCUUACAUACAGAACCUUUGGACUUUGUGGCCAGGAGACAGGAACUGUUACAUAAACAAAGUUUAAACAGGAUGGAUAUGGAAAUCAAUGCAAUGUAUCACCAAAGGGAGAUGGAAAAGUCUCAUAGAAAAAGUUUAAUCGAUAUGGACACACCAUUUCUCUACCAUGGAAUGCAAUCCAACCCAGUAGCCUUCAGAGGUCGGCAGAUGUGUCCAGAAAGCCAGCUUCCCUCAGAUCUGUUUGUCCAUCGCAAUGCCUUGGACAUCCUUCAUGGUAGCACAAUUUUAAAGACCAGUCCAUACACUCCCAUAAAUAGCUUGCAAAGAGAAAGAUCACGCAGACCAGGUAGAAGAGCUGGCAAUCCAAAAAUUCCAGAGAGCAACAUGGGUGUGCCCAAGAUUCCAGCAGAAAAUAAACCACAGUCUUCACCUUCUGCUACUGAAGAGGAAAAAGAGGAGAAAAAAGAAGAGGAUACAGAGGCAUUUAACAGAUGUGACCAAGGAAAAGUAAAUACUGAAUCUGCAACAGACAAGACUGUAAUGGAAACCCAAGACAACCCAGAGAAGACAAGUAAUCCAAUACCUUCUAUGUCCAAUAGAAGCAGGACUGGGACCGACAAGGAACUUACCAAUCCAGAACCGGCAUUUGAAGACAGAUACAUUUACCAGUCUCCAGUUCACCUCUCAACAAGUCCAUUCAGUUUUCCAGUAACUAUGAAUCCUUCACUUCUUCCAGGAGCACAUAGCCUCUUUCUGAAUAGAGAAGAGAUCCCCACUCUUCAGGAUAUCCGUAAAUGGUCUUCUCAGGAUGUCUAUAACUUUGUGUCCAGCAUGCCAGGCUGUUCUACUUAUGCACAGGUUUUUAAAGACCAUGAUAUUGAUGGAGUAACUCUCCCUUUACUGACUGAGGAUCAUCUCUUGGACACAAUGGGGCUGAAGCUUGGACCUGCAUUAAAAAUCCGUGCACAGAUCUGCUGCCGCUUGGGUAACAUAUUUCACAUGACAAGCUUACCGAUACCAGGUCCUGUGUCAUCGGCAGCUCCGGUGCCUCCAGAUCAACCACCUGAAGUGAUAUCUCCUACUACAUGCAGCAACAGUAAUACAACUGCACCUAGUCCAUGUGCUCAUGAUUCUGACACUUUAAGAGCCACAGAUAUCUCAGCUACUGAAAAUAAAGAGAAUCCAAGUGAUUUGUCUUUGGCACAAACUGAUUUUCCGGUGAAUUUACUGAAAGUGUAAUAAUUGUAUGCUGUAACUAUAGAACUUUCAUAUAAAUCUGAGAUAAUGCUAAACUCCACAGAAUACUCUUACAGUAGUAUACACCUUUUUUGGGGUUGCUGGGCAGUCCAGUAGUCUAUAGAAGUUAUGACGGCGUAUGGUGGGUAAAUUUGAGGAUUCAGGAAUGUUUUCUUUUAUUUAUUUUUUUUUUAUUUUUUUUACUGCAUCAGUUUUGGCAUUGAUGUCUCUUGGUGAUUACCUAUAUUGUGUGCUGAUUAGUUUGACAUUUCACAAACACAUUUUUAGUCACAAUGGGUGUAUUAAAAUAUUUUCUCACCCAUGUUUGUUUAAUAAACAUUUAUUGAAAAAGUAUUAUUUAAAAGUAUCUUGUUCUUUUAACUCAGUAGGUAUAAUAUCCUUACAAUAUUAACAGUUAUACACAUCAAUACAUUUAGUGCAUUUUAUGAAUCUUCUUAACUAAACCCUAUUCUGGUGAGGUACAAAAUAUUUCUAAAAUACAAGAAAUUCCAAACAGAACAUGUACAAUAAGCCAGUUUUUUUUGUUGUUGUUGCCGUGGAUU